AUGGCCUGUCCACCGACUCUGAGGGAAGCCGAGUCUAUCUCUAGGAAGACUCUCAGGAGCUCAGCCGAGAAGUUUGAGUUCCAAGCUGAGAGCAACAAGGAUAUCUUCCUGAGGGAGCUCAUAUCUAAUGCCUCUGAUGCGUUGGAUAAGAUUAGGUUCCUUUCCCUUACUGAUAAGGAAGUUCUGGGUGAAGGGGACACUGCAAAGCUUGAGAUUCAGAUUAAGUUGGACAAAGAGAAGAAAAUCCUCUCCAUUCCGGAUAGGGGUAUUGGUAUGACCAAGGAAGAUCUUAUUAAGAACCUUGGAACGAUUGCUAAAUCUGGCACUUCAGGUACUGCCUUUUCAUCUUUCCAGCUGAUUACUGCACUCAUAAUAUUUGUUUAUGAGUGCAGGAACAGGAGCUGCUCGAGUCUCUUGUCAAAGCUGAUACAAGAAGGCAGGAAAGAGCUAAAAAGAUGGAAGAAAAGAAAGUGUAUCUGCAACUGUACGAAGCAAUGGAGGCGCUGGUCAAGAUCGAUCUGGAGACCAACAAGAUCAUGGACUUCAUCAAGUUUGACGUCGGCAACGUGGUCAUGGUGACUGGCAGGAGGAACACCGGGCGUGUAGGAGUCAUCAAGAACAGGGAGAAGCACAAGGGCAGCUUUGAGACCAUCCACGUGCUGCUUGGAGCUUUUUGCUAUGUCUAGUUUUCUCGUAUUUGUUGUACAGGAAAACAUAGAAUAGAAUUCAAAUUUGGUGGUCGCAAAAGUGUGGAGACUUUAAUUCAUAUAAAGUUAGGCUUAACAUUAGUGCAAA